UGUUCGUAUUUGAAGAAAACAUUUUGACUGUUUCGAGAAUCUCUAUUCCUUCAAUUUCACUUUUGAUGAUAUCAUUCAUUGAAAAUGCAAGACUAGUGAAUGCUCUAAUGUAGUAUACCAUAGGUUUUUUGGGAUAUCUUUUGCAAUAUAGAGCAUAUUGUUACAUAAAACGACGACUCGUAUUUUACAACCGGUGGGGACGAACAAGAUUGCUCAUGACAUCAGACCAAGGAAACUUUCCAGUGUCAAAUGAGACAAUGAUGGAUAAAAUGCCAUUGAAUCCUACGACACACGACAUUGUAAUGUCAGAACCUGAGACAAUGCAAGUGGAAGAAAUUGUUGAAGAUGAGUUUGAUUUGCAUGUUUGUGGAAAAUGCAAGGCAGAAUUCACAAACAUACAACUCUAUGUCGACCACAAACGUCUUGUGUGUUCAAAGCAAAGUACAAACAAAACACCGGACCUUUCCAGCAAGGAUAGAAAAAUUGAACACAGUCCACCAAAACAUGUUAUUAAUGGCACAGAGAGUGUCACUACAAUUCUUGAACCUCAAGUUCAAGGAUUUUGUGAAACAAUCAUUGAAGAUAGUGGAAUAGUUGUGGAAGCACAAGAGACAGGCACGCAACAAGAAAUCAUCAAGGCAGCCAGUGCAUCAGAGCACCCCCAUGUUGAAGUUGAUAAAGAGAUGAAGGAAAACAGUGUUCAGCCUCAACCUACGGUUAUUGAUGCCAGCAAUCUUACACCUGAUGAAAAUGGCAUCUACAAAUGCGGAGUUUGCCCAAAAGAGUUUGACCAAGGCAACUCCAUGGUUGUCCAUCAGUACAUUCACAAGAAGUUUCAUCAAUGCUGUGAUUGCAAAAGGUCCUUUGUGUCACUGGAGAAUCUAAACAAACACAAAAGGGAGUUCAAACACGUUUUCAAAUGUAGAAUUUGUGAAGUGGAGUUUCCAAAUCAAGAAACUUGUAAAAAACACAAAGCUGAGCACUUCAGACAACAUGAAUGCAUAGAUUGUAAAAAAAGUUUUUAUACGGAGAAAUCUUUGCUUCGUCAUCGUGAGAAAGUUUUGCAUAAUCUUCCAUGUCCUGAGUGUGGUAAAAUAUGCCGUGAUAAACAUGCGUUAAGCAAACACCGAGAGUCCCACCUGCAAAUUAAGUCACAUACCUGCGAUUGGGAAAACUGUGACAGAGGAUUUCGCAGUGCCUCGGAGCUCCUAAAACACAAGAAAUGUGUUCAUCUUGGUAUAAAGGAACAUAAAUGCCAGGAGUGUGGUAGAGAAUUUGCGCGUAAAGAUAAAUUAAACCGUCAUAUGCUUAUUCACUCACCGAACCGUCCAACUUUUGCCUGUCCUUUCAAAAGCUUCACCGGUUGUCAAAAGACCUUCUACCGCAAAGACAAACUACAGCGCCAUAUUUUCGCUCAUUCGAAAGAAAAACCUUUCAAAUGUGAAACUUGUCACAAAGUGUUCGCCAGAAAGGACAACUUGAACGAACACAUGCGCAUACACACGGGAGACUUCAAGCAUCGUUGUCCCGUAUGUAACAAAGGUCUGGGUGGUCCCAAGAAGCUUUUUUUGCACAUGCAACAAAAACAUUCUGGGGUCAACGAAGUGAUACCUGAUAAACCAACGAUGGUUAGUGAAAGCGUUCUUCUUGCAACGAGCCAAGCCGCAUCUGUCAUACCCGCAGCCACUACAAUGGUAGCUUCGACACAAAGUGCAGACGACAGUGCUGCUGCAUCGUGGGUACAAGAAAAUAUCACUGGAGAGAACAAGACUACUGAGAAUGCAAACGUUGGAAAAGGCACCGUAACGACCGAAAAUGCUUCUGGUAUAGCUGAAGGUUACCAACGAGAAGGGGAUACCGCUGACACAACAGACUAUCAAACGAUAGUUGAGGAAGAAUCUUCUCGUGUAUCUAAUUACCCAUCAAAUCAGCAGGAAGUUGAACAUCCCCCUGUAGGUGAUCAUGAAGAAUAUCAACAUGAACCUGAAGUCAUCCAUCCCUCAGAAGUAUCCGAGCCCACUGUUCAGCAGCCAACAGUUGAACAAAGCGCGAUUUUACACCAGCAAGCGAUUCAAAUUGAGCCUUCCCAAAAUACGUUGCAGGUUGCAAUCCAGCCAAUGAUCGAGCAAGCAGAGGUGCAUGAUGAACCGCAGCAGAUUGUAAUACAAGCACAGGCGAUGGUCAUUCCUCAGAACCAGGGCUCUCCACCGCGUGUCUCCGUUCAUUAUCUAUCGUCUAACACCACGUCUCAACCUCAAGAUUCCUACGUGCCUGCGAUAAAUCAAGCAAGUGUUUCGCAAAGUGAUUCUGCGUUACUUCAUGAAGUGUUAAGUGAAUUGGCCACAAGAUCGUUGUUUAACGCUUGAAGAAAAUCUUCCUAACAAUGUAUACAAAAUUUUAAAAUCUUUAUCAUAGAGUGGACUUCGGCCAAGCACAUAUAUGUAGAAAUGCAGAUAUAUUGUUUUUGAUGUUGCGCCUGUGAGGAAUUAUUAGAAAUUGAAAGAACGGUUUUUACAUUACAAAUGCUGUAACUAUCGCAAUAAAUAUACACAUACAACA